UAAAGACAAUGCGUUUGUGAUUAUUACGAUAAAACGAAUUUAAUUGUAAAAUAAUAUAUAAUUUUAUACACUUGUAAAUAAAAUAAUGUACAAAUUAAUUACACAAAUCGCCGUAUACAAGAAAGUGUGACAAAUAGUGUUUUCAUUUUUCAUAUCCGUGACAGUUGUAAGCAAGGUUAUAAAUUAAUAAUUUUGUGAAUAAGAUACGUCCUUGUGGAAAAUAAUGGAUUCGGCUCCAGCCCAAGAAGUCACGGAGCUGCUGAAGCAAUGGGAGGAGCAGCACGCGACGCCGAACUACGAUCCUAUACCCACUUUGACGAGGAUAGCGGAGAUAAUAGAAGCGGAAACGGAGAACUUCAUGAAGAAAGAUCCUGACCCAUUUGAUGAGAGGCACCCAUCCCGGACAGACCCCGAGUGCGCGCUCGGACACGCGCUCAAGGUCAUGUUCAAGAAGGACUCCUUCAUGACCAAGCUAGUCAAUGACUACGUGCGCGACACGUAUUACUCCCGCCAAAACAUCACCGGCCGAGACGUGCACAAGCUGAACGUGGCGGCCUGUCGACUAACCCUAGAUCUAAUGCCUGGACUGGAGAUGAGCGUCGUGUUCCAGGACAACGACGCGCUGAUCCACCGGCUGGUGGGCUGGGCCACGAGCUCGGCGGAGCCGCUGCAGUGCUACGCCACCGGGCUGCUGGCCGCCGCCAUGGAGGUGCAGGAGAUCGCCACCAACUUCAGGGACAUCAACGCGAUGCUGGUGCCGCUCAUGCUGCGCCGGCUGCACGUGCUGCGGAACAAGAACCAGGAGGAAAAGCAAAAUAAUCAAAACACAACGCCGCCGAGCCAGACGCGGCACUUCGCGCGCUUCGACAAGAAGCGACAGAGCGACGUGAAGUGCAACGGGCCCAGCGACAAGCCCGGCAAGAAAGACCGGGAGAAAGACUCGGGCGGGGGCGGCGACGUGGAGAUGGAGGCGCUGUCGCCGGCGGACCCGUCCACACCUGUCAAAAACUGCAAUUCAAACGCGUCAUCCCCCCUACACUGCGGCAGCGGCAUGAUGUCCCCGCCGCCGCGCCCGCCGCCGCUCGCGCUCCCGCCGCCGCCCGUGCACGAGACCGAGUCCAACUCCAGCUGGGCGGAGAUGGAGACUUACGUUAUAGGAAAUAUCCAAAUCCACCCGCCGACGGACGCCACCAAACAGAUGCUCAUACUACGAUACCUCACGCCCAUGGGCGAGUACCAAGAGUUCCUAUCGCACGUGUUCGCACAAAACGCGCUCGGGCUCAUCCUCGGCUACCUCAACGUGCGCGAGUCCCGAGACUCGAGGCUAGCCUUCGAGGCUCUCAAGUACCUGGCGGCCUUGCUGUGCCACAAGAAGUUCUCCAUCGACUUUAUACACAUGGGCGGGCUGCAGAAAUUUCUGGAAGUACCUCGGCCGUCGGUGGCGGCGACGGGCGUGUCCAUCUGCCUGUACUACCUGGCGUACUGCGAGGACGCCAUGGAGCGGGUGUGCCUGCUGCCGCGGGCCACGCUAGCCGACCUCGUCAAAUACGCGUUAUGGUUGCUGGAGUGUUCGCACGACUCGGGGCGCUGCCACGCCACCAUGUUCUUCGGCCUCUCCUUCCAGUUCAGGGUCAUUUUAGAGGAGUUCGACAACCAGGACGGACUCCGGAAGCUGUACAAUGUAAUUUCAACACUGCCGAUAUUGGGGUCAGACGAGGAGGAGUCUCGCGUGUCCGAGGACGAGACGUGCGCCGCCCGGCAGAUCGUGCGACACGUCUGCGUCGCGCUUAGAAGGUACCUGGAGGCGCACCUGCGGCUGCGCGCGGCGCACGUGGCGCGCGCGGCGGGCGACAGCGUGCCGGAGCCGCCGCCAUAUAAGGACGGGCUGCUGCUGCUGGCGUCGGCCACCACCACGUGGCGCCCGCUGUCGGCGCUCUGGAACAUGAAGGAGUUCGAACAGAUGUUCCAACUGGAUAAUGAGGAAUACGUAGAAUUCUCAAAGAUGUCCGACGACCGCAUCAUCGGCACGAAGGGCGAGACGGCCACCAUCUUCGACACCCGCACGGGAAGAGAACUGCUGACCCUCGCGCCCAGCAUAUCCAACCAGUACGCCAAGAACAGAGCCACCUUCAACCCCACGGACGAGCUGGUGCUGUCAGACGGAGUAUUGUGGGACGUGAACUCGGGCAAGGAGAUCCACAAGUUCGACAAGCUGAAUCAAACACACAGCGGUGUCUUCCAUCCUAAUUCACUAGAAGUAAUAUCAAAUACAGAAGUAUGGGACUUGAGAACAUUCCAUCUACUUAGGACAGUGCCAACUUUAGACAAAUCAGAGGUGAUCUUCAACCCGACGGUGUCGGCGCUGUACGCGGUGUGCUCGGACCAGGACUCGGAGGAGCGCAGCCAGUUCGACACGAGCUUCAAGACGCUCGACCCCUUCGACUACUCCAGCAUAGCAACGAUCGACGUGAAGCGCAACAUCUACGCGCUGAGCGUGAACCGGUGGGGCACGCAGAUCAGCGUCGUCGAGAACAUGGGCGACUUCGACCAGAUGCAGGAGUCGGCCGUCAAGAUAUACGACGUGGGGCGGAAGAGGGACCACGACGACGAUGCGGAGGAGGAGGACGAGGAGGAGAUGGCGGGCGGCUCCGAGAACGACGACAACUCCGACUCCGGCUCCGGUGACGACGACGCAUCCAACCUGCUCCGCAACGCAGUGAUGGAGCUAGCAGGAGGCAGCUCCGGCGAGAGCAGCCACGACGACAACGAGCGCCCGCGGCGACGCCGCCGCCAGCGCCGGAGACGGCCGACAGAUGGCGGCAGCAGCGACAGCGACGACGACGACGUGCGCCUCGACGACAUCAUCCAGUUCGAGCUCGACUAGCAAACAAUACACGUGUUCACUUUACUGCC